AUGACAACGCGAGAAGAAAGAGAAGGCGACGACAGCUACGAAGACAGCAAUGAUGUCGCCCCGAUUCCCACGACUCCAGUAGACGACUCAUACGUUACAACCGAAACCGAUGCCCGACUACCAGUGCAAAAGGACGGCGUGGACUAUGACGAUCCAGUACAGCCACCCUACUCAAACUCGGAUGAGCAAUUAGCCGAUGAUGAGAAUGAAGCAAUAGAUAAGGCCAAUAUGUUACCGGGAGACCGACUGCGGCAUGCUCGUCCGCGCGGAAAUUAUAGUGAAGGUGCAAAUGAGGAUGAGUUGCCUCAGGCUGUCCGGGAAGGGAAUUUAGGACGGUCAGCCACGCUAAAGGCAGUUGAAUAG